AUGUCUAAUCCCCCUAAAUUACUAAUCUCUAUAGUUGUAGCAGCAACACGGAUACUUGGGAAAGCAUUUUUGGAAGCAGGAAGGCAGGCCGUUAAAAAUGCAAAACACGCACCGCAAAACGCGAUUGGCGCUGACGUCGCCGGUGUCAGCAAUGCAACCUCGGGGACCAUAACAGACCAACUAACGAGGCAACACCGCAUGACACUUGAUGAGGCGCAUCUCAUUCUAAACAUAAAGAGAGGGGAAUCUAUGGAGAACGUCUUGAAGCAUUACGAACAUCUCUUCAAAGCUAACUCACCGCCUCCGCCACUACCAAAGCCACAGGCAACUGGGGGCAAAGUCCCGCCGCCGCCUGCCCACUCGCAUUACCUACAAUCGAAAGUAGUCCGGGCUAGAGAGCGAAUAGAAGCGGAGGUAAAAGCUGGAGAAUCACCAGCUCCGGCCAACCCUGGCGCUCCCGGGGCAGACACACCCCCACCAUCGACGGCAUCGAGAGCAGCAGACGGUAGUUGA